AUGCCGCGCGGGACCAACCGUCCGACGAACCAGAAGGGCCGUGGCAAAGGGAAUAAGAAGAAGGGUGGUGGCCAUCAUAGACAUGGGAAGAAGGAUGGUGGCGACCAUGGACAUGAGAAGGUGAACGGCGGCGACCAUGGACAUGAACAUAUGGACGGCGGCCAUCAUGGACAUGAGCAUAUGAACGGUGGCGACCAUGGACAUGAACAUAUGGACGGCGGCCAGCAUGGACAUGAACAUAUGGACGGUGGCGACCAUGGACAUGAACAUAUGGACGGUGGCGACCAUGGACAUGGGAAUAUGGACGGUGGCGACCAUGGACAUGAACAUAUGGACGGUGGCGACCAUGGACAUGAACAUAUGGACGGCGGCGACCAUGGACAUGAACAUAUGGACGGCGGCGACCAUGGACAUGAACAUAUGGACGGUGGCGACCAUGGACAUGAACAUAUGAACGGUGGCGACCAUGGACAUGAGAACAUGGGCGAUGGCGCACCUAACGGGGAUUGA